AAUGAUAAAUUUUAUAUCCAAAAAUCGGGAGCCCCUAUGGGUUGCAAUCUGUCUCCAGUUUUAGCAGAAACAUUAGUUAGUUAUAUAUUUGAAUUAUCUUUAAAUAAUUGUAACUUUAAACCUAGUUUUUUAAAAUUUUUUGUUGAUGAUAGUUUUUUAAUUAUAAACAAAAGAUAUGUUGAAAAAUAUUUAUUUCACAUUAAUAAAAUUGGUAAAUCUAUUGGUAAUAUUCAAUUUACUAUAGAAUAUGAAAUUAAUAAUAUACUAAAUUUUUUAGAUGUACAACUUAUAAAAAAUAAUGAAUCUAUAGAUACACUCGUAUACCUCUACCAAUUAGAUUGUAUAGACUGUUCAUUUAAAUACAUUGGCACUACAUGUAGAAAAUUAUCUGAUAGAAUUAUUGAACAUAAAAAAGCAAUAAAUAAUAAUUAUAUAAAAAAAACCAGAGAUAAUAUAGCGGUGCCUAAUAUAUGGAACAGUUGUUUGAGAAAAAUAGGAUUGAAUGCCAAUUAUUGGUGUGUCCUCCAGGCAUACUAG